UCCUCGUUCCGCUGUCGCGACAGCAGCUGCGUGCCGCGCCUCUGGCUCUGCGACGGCGAGCGCGACUGUCGCGACGGCGAGGAUGAGGAGGAGGGGGGGGAGGGGCGGUGCGCGCCCCGCCCCCCCGCGCCCUGCCCCCCCCUGCAGUUCUCCUGCGGGUCCGGCGAGUGCGUCACCAGGAGGUGGCGCUGCGACGGCAGCCCCGACUGUCGCGACGGCUCCGACGAGGAGGGGUGCC